AUGGACUCCAUGCCAGCAGCUCCGGAAGUUAUUUAUAAUUGGGUUGAUAUAACAUCUGAUUUCUUUAAAUAUAUUCAAGAUUUGCAACUAGGUGAGCUGCUUCAUGAUGGCCACCUUUUUGGACUCUUUGAAGCUAUGUCGGCUAUUGAGAUGAUGGAUCCUAAAAUGGAUACUGGGAUGUUGUGUAAUAGAGGCAACCCUAAACCUAUCAACUUCCAACAGGCUGUGGCGUGUGGUAAAUUAAAAAUUGAUAAUCUUGAGCCAUCCGAGAUCAUAGGGAUCAUUGAUGCUACAAUGGCUUGUAUAGUUUCUUGGUUGGAGGGACAUUCACUAGCUCAGACUGUUUUCACAAACCUCUAUUUACAUCAGCCACACUCUAUAAUAAAUAAAACUUUAAAGGCCUAUUGCAUUGCUGUGUAUAAAUUACUGGAUUGCAUCAAAGAUUGCAUUAAUAAAGCUCAAGUAUUUGAAGAGGAAGAUUUUCUACCAAUGGGUUAUGGUUACCGGUUAGGUUCUAAUCCAACAAUGGGUAAUGCUUAUGAUGUUAGUCUUGAAGUGAGUGAACAGAAAUGUACAGCAAUGCUAAAGGAACAAGAAGAAGAGUUGAAUAAGAAGGCUAGAAGUAAUGAUGAUGAGGCAAAUGACCUCUGGGCAGCUCUGGCGGCUAGAAUUAGAUUCACCAGAAUGUUCUAUCAAGCUUUAUUGAAAAUAACCAAGAAAGAUUCACAAUCCGGUGCUGAUUGUGUUACACUACUCAAUGGCUGCUCAGAAAUGAUCAAAGUCAUAAUUAAAACUGUCGGCAAGGGCACCCAACCUGCCGAAAAUUCAGACACUCCAAACCCAAUGGGAUUCGAACCUAUGGUGAACCAACGUUUAUUACCGCCAACGUUCCCACGGUACACUAGAAUCAAGCCUCGUGCUGAAGCAUUGCAAUACUUUGAGGAACUAGUAACUAGGUUAAGACAUGCCUGGAAGAUCACAUCAUGUACUAAUUUUCAUACUGCCUUGGACUUUUUCAUGGAGUUUAGUCGACAGCGGGCCUGUAUAUUAUCAAGGUCAGCGCUACAGUUGCUGUACUUGAGCCCAUCACCAGCGUCCACAUCAAUAUCAUUGGGUUCUAAUGUACCACCAGGUCAACGACCCCACGCCUUUGUUGAAAUACUAAGAGAAUCAGUCAAAACCUUUGUGAACCCACCCGCAUUAAGUGGGAAGACUGCUUCUGGUGUUAAUCCUCCUGCUCGAGAGUUAGUAGAGAAUUUUCUAAGUCGUUGUGUUCGUCCGUUCACUGUCCUUGUACAAGUCUGUGGCCACAACCGAGCUAGGCAGAGGGACAAACUUGCGUUGCUAUUAGAUGAAUUUGCUGCAUUACAGGAAGAGGCGGAUAACGUAGAUGCAUUAAUAGGUACAGCAGCCGAGCUGGUGCCGCGUUGUUUCAGCACCUGGAUCUUGUACCAUGUAGUGAGAGUCAUGAUCGCAUACUUGCUGUCUGGUUUGGAACUAGAACUAUACAGCGUGCAUGAAUACCAUUAUAUAUUUUGGUAUCUCUAUGAUUUUCUCUACCGCUGGCUCCUGUCUGCGCUCGGACAAGCUGAGACCUUGGCGGGGGAUGUGAGGAGAGAUAAGAAGGCGACGAACAGGAAACAGAAGAAGAAAGUCAGACCUUACGCACGGGAGAGGCUCAUGUGUCAGGUGAUGCAGAACAUGUGUGGAGGUUAUUAUAAGGCGUUGGUUGCAUUCAAGUUGCAAGGAAAAAUACGUCAACCUCAGUCUGAGUUCGACAACGAGUCUGUUCGCUACAAACACCGUUUCGCCCCACUGUCUGUACUGUCCCCACCACAAGUACACUACCACGAGUUCUGUGAGAUGACGCAAAACUUACAAUUCGAAAAACCGGUUUUCUUGUAUUUAGAGGGCUGUAAACAUUUCCAAGAGGCGCGAACUUUGUUAGAGACUAUAACCAUACCAGACCAGGAGGUGAACAACCUUCUCAAAGUCGCAAAAACAAAUUUCGUUGUAUUAAAAUUGCUAGCGGGAGGUCACAAGAAGAAUUCCUCUACUCCGCCCGAAUUCGAUUUCUCAGCACACAGACACUUCCCUAUAAUAAAAUUGGUUUAG